UCAGUCCAGUCCACUCUUUCGUUCUCACGCCUUCUUUACCACUUUACUUACUUACUACCUUCAUUCUAUUAUUCAUUCUUUUCAAAGCCUGCAGCGCAGCACACACAAAUAACUUCUUCUUCUUCUUCUUCUUCUUCUUCUUCUCAAGACCCCAAACAACAACAAAAAAAAAAGGAAUAAAUAAAAUAACAAUGGCCCCCAUCAAAUCCCUCUUCCUAACCGCCUCCCUGGCCACCCUGGCCAUCUCCACCCCAUUAGCAUCCGACCCUGGAUCUCUCUACGCGCGCGGCACGGGCUCUACCGCCAACGAACUCGAGCAGGGAAGCUGCAAGGAUGUGACUUUGAUUUUUGCGAGAGGGUCGACUGAGAUGGGCAAUAUGGGCUCCAUAAUCGGCCCUCCCCUCUGCGACAGCCUCAAAUCCAAACUCGGAUCCGACAAAGUCGCCUGCCAGGGUGUCGGCGGACAAUACACCGCUGGACUCAUACAGAAUGACCUACCCCAGAACACUGAUCCGGGAAGUAUCUCUGCCGCGAAGCAGAUGUUCGAGGAGGCGAAUUCGAAGUGUCCCAAUACGAAGGUUGUGGCCGGUGGUUAUAGUCAAGGAAGCGCCGUAAUCGACAACGCGAUCCAAGAACUCAGCACGACAGUGAAAGACCAAGUGAAGGGUGUGGUGCUCUUCGGGUUCACGAGAAACGUGCAGGACAAUGGACAGAUCCCCAACUACCCCAAGGAUGAUGUCAAGGUUUAUUGUGCCGUGGGUGAUUUGGUCUGUGAUGAUACCUUGAUUGUUACCGCUGCGCAUUUGACCUAUGGGAUGGAUGCGGGUGAUGCGGCGAACUUUUUGGCGGAGAAAGUUCAGUCUUCGACGAGUACUAGUACUACUACUAGUUCUAGCUCGAGCUCGGCUGCGGCGAGUAGUUCGUCGGCGGCGAGUGGGUUUGCGUCCCUUUUUGGACUUUAAGUGGGUG